AUGAGUCCACGACCAGCAUUGCUGCCAGUCAACCAUCCGCUCUCAUACCACGAAUACUCCCUCUCAGAAUCAGCAGCGGAGCCCGGGGCUCAGGAUGGCACCAAGAAAUCUAAUUCCAAGCCUUCGUCCGAACUAGCCCAGCCUCGAACAUUAGAGGACAUGGUAAGAUACCUAUACGAGCACCAACAGAUAACCGACCUCUUGAACGAGUACGCCUAUGUCCUUGACGUCUGUAUGGUCGAUCACCGAGCAAUUGAGAAGUGGACCGACCUGUUCACGGAAGAUUGUGAUGUGACGUUUCCCUUCGGCAACCACAAAGGCAAGGACGGGCUGGCGAAGUGGUGUGUUCCUGCAGCACCAACAAUCUUUCGAAUGCUGCACGCCUCCUCAAACUUUACCAUAACGUUCGAUCCUGAUUCAGAGAAUGUCGCACAUGCCCGCACGGUACUCCACGCUGUCUGCGGCAUCGACGAGCACGACCUCGGCAAGACAUUCCAAGAAGGCGGCUACUACUAUUGGAGUUUCCGCAGGAAUGGUGGCGAGUGGAAGAUCUCGUAUCUGUUUUUGGAUGUCAACUGGACGAGCGGCGAUUCUCUGGGACUGAAUGACCCCGGUGCAACAGAGCGGCAGCCUUGA